GUGGGCUGAUAGUUUGGGGAUGUGAGGGAGAAGAGGACUCAUCACAAUGACCAACCAGGACAAGUGGGUCACUCUGACCCCAGCUGAAUUUUCCCUUCUGCAAGAGUACGCUCAAUACUCAACCAAGAAGCUGAAAGAUGUGCUGCAGGAGUUCCAUGGAGAUGGAGUGUUGGCCAAAUAUAACCCAGAGGAGGAGAUUGACUUUGAAGGCUUCAAGGUCUUCAUGCAGACGUUUCUGGAGAGCGAGCUGGCAGAGGAGUUCUGUCAGCACCUCUUCUUAUCAUUCAGUAACAAGGGACCAAAACCCAGCCCCUCUUCCAUAGACAAGCCCAGAGUUACUGGCCUCAAGUUGAUCAAAGGGAACUCGACCCCUCUGAAGGUGCCCCCUCUACCCAGGACUCUGCCCAGACCUCUAGGCUUGGUUCAACUGAAGGACAUCGUCUGCUACCUCUCACUGCUGGAGGGUGGCCGACCCGAGGACAAACUGGAGUUUAUGUUUCGUCUCUAUGAUACAGAUGGGAAUGGGUCUCUGGAUAGUUCGGAACUGGAGCACAUCAUCUCUCAAAUGAUGCAUGUUGCUGAGUACUUGGAAUGGGAUGUGACAGAACUGAAGCCGAUUCUGCAGGAGAUGAUGCAGGAGAUUGACUAUGACCAUGACGGCACAGUGUCUCUGGAGGAGUGGAUCCAGGGAGGCAGUACGACCAUCCCCCUGCUGGUACUACUGGGCCUAGAGACGAAUGUGAAAGACGAUGGGCAGCACGUGUGGAGACUGAAGCACUUCAACAAGCCGGCCUACUGUAACCUGUGUCUGAACAUGCUUAUAGGCCUGGGCAAGCAAGGGCUGUGCUGCUCAUUCUGCAAGUACACUGUUCAUGAGCGCUGUGUGGCCCGUGCUCCUCCGUCGUGCAUCAAAACCUACGUGAAGAGCAAGAAAAACACAGAGGUGAUGCACCAUUUCUGGGUGGAGGGAAACUGCCCGACCAAGUGUGACAAGUGUCACAAAACCAUUAAGUGUUACCAGGGUCUGACUGGGCUUCACUGUGUGUGGUGCCAAAUCACGCUUCAUAAUAAGUGUGCCUCCCAUGUGAAACCUGAGUGUGACUGUGGACCACUGAAGGACCAUGUCCUGCCCCCCAACACAAUCUGUCCUGUCAUACUGGAAAGACAGUCUACGGUGAGGAAAGAUUCCAGAUCCAGCCAAUCAGGAGGCAGAGGGAAGAUGCAGAGAGCCAACUCAGUCACAGUGGAUGGCCAAGGACUACAGAUCACAACAAUAGAGGGAACUCAUCCUCUGCUAGUGUUUGUGAAUCCAAAGAGUGGAGGGAAGCAAGGUGACAGGAUCUACAGAAAAUUCCAGUACCUCUUAAACCCUCGGCAGGUAUACAACCUGGCCAAGAAUGGACCCAUGCCUGGGUUGAAUUUCUUCCGAGAGGUCCCAGAUUUCAGAGUGUUAGCUUGUGGUGGGGAUGGGACAGUCGGUUGGAUUCUGGAUUUCAUAGAUAAGGCCAACCUGGACAGGAACCCCCCUGUGUGUGUACUUCCCCUUGGAACAGGAAAUGACCUGGCAAGGUGUCUGCGAUGGGGAGGAGGUUAUGAGGGAGAGAGCAUUCUGAACAUCCUGAGGGACAUAGAGAACAGCUCUGAGGUGAUGUUGGACCGCUGGAAGAUUGACGUCACACCCACGGACAAAGAAGAGAGGGGAGACCCUGUGCCUUACAGCAUCGUCAACAACUAUUUCUCUAUUGGGGUGGAUGCUUCCAUUGCACAUCGGUUCCACAUAAUGAGGGAGAGACACCCUGAACGCUUUAACAGCAGAACAAAGAAUAAGCUGUGGUACUUUGAGUUUGGCACUUCUGAGACCUUCUCGGCCACAUGCAAGAAGCUCCACGACUUUCUGGAGGUUGAGUGCGAUGGCAUCACUCUGGACCUAGACAGCAUCUCUUUGGAAGGCAUCGCCAUUUUAAACAUUCCCAGCAUGCAUGGCGGCUCCAACCUGUGGGGUGAGAGCAGGAAAAGGCGGAGCAACCGCCGGGGAGGGAAGAAGACCCAGGAUAAGAGGACAACAGUGCUGGACCCCAAAGAGCUUCAAUUUGCUGUCCAAGACCCGUCAGACCAGCUGUUGGAGGUGGUGGGUCUGGAGGGAGCCAUGGAGAUGGGACAGAUCCACAUCGGCCUGAGGAGCGCAGGAAGACGCCUGGCCCAGUGCUCCUCGGUCACCAUCAGGACCACCAAAGCCCUCCCCAUGCAGAUUGAUGGAGAGCCCUGGAUGCAGACUCCCUGUACUAUUGAAAUAGUGCAUAAGAACCAGGCCCCGAUGUUGAUGGGUCCCCCACAAGGCAACAGCUUCUUCUCCUCUGUGAUUCGACGAACAUGCAGCGAGAGCAAAGACUGAGAGAGAGACUUAGCCUCCGGCCUCUUCUCCAGAGAAUCAAGCCUAGGUUGCUAGGUUUGAUGCCAGAACGCUAAUUUGCUAGCCUAGCUCCAUUUGGGUUGCUAGGUUAUGAUGCUAGGAUUCCAAUUUGUUAGCCUAGCUCCGUUCAAUAACAUACUAUAGCUGUGCAUGCUACUUCUGCCAUGGAAAUGUCAGUGCCCCCUUACUUAUUUAGAGUGAGGAACUACAAGGACAGAGGCUUUGGUUCAUGAUGCGGUGCCACUCCACAAUGCCAACACAGUGGUAUUGUCCCUCUGGAACAGUUGUUUACCUUUCCAGAUUUCAACUUUAUACUGUUACAAUGGCAUGUUUUUUUCAAAAUGUCAUUUUUAUAGUGGUCUAGUGCAAUGUGCCAUGUGGAUCAAGUCCUUUGAAGGAAGCGACACAUUUCUGUCAAUCAUUGAAAAUCAUUUGUAUGAUAAGGUAUUGAUUUAUGCUGCAUCAAUGUUGUGAAUGUGUUUGCGUUUGAACACCCCAAUGCAUGAUGGACAUUGGAUUACUGUUUAUGAGGUGAACAUAUCUUUCAGGGUGCAUAAGGACAGUGAUGACAUUGAGUUAACAUAUACUAUAAGCAUUUGGUCUAAAGUAAAGUUUCAGGUUAUUUGCUUCGCAUUUCUUCGGGCACUGACUAUCUCUUCAACGUUGACUUCAUCAGAGAAUGGAUUUAAGAAUCUCAAAGGCUCUGUUAGGUUUCCCACAAAACAUGUUUGACAGGUUAUUGCUCAAAUGUCUUGCAGCUGGAUCAUAGAAACUAUUUCCAUUAAGGCUCAUAGACCAAUUAAGGAAAAUGAAUUGGUAACAAAUGCAUGCACAUGUCACAUGACAUAUACAAUUUUAUAUUCUAUAUUGCACGGGAUAUCCAGACAAUUUCUUCUAAUUGUGCUGUGCAUAUCUUGAGUUGCA